UAUAUUCUCUUCAUUCUUUGUUAUCUCCAUAUCCCAAACCCAUAAAAGGAAAAAAAAAAUUAAUGGCUAGUCAUCAUGAACUUGAACUAUCAAAUAAUUAUAGUGAUCGAAGUGAUGAUGACAUGGACGAGGAAGAGCAAGAUAACAUAGAAGAUGAGGAACAAGAAGAUGAUAAUUCUAAUGACUACAACAUUUGUAGUGGUCGUAGUCGAAGAGGAGGACUAACAAACUUUUUCUCGUGGAAAGUCAUAGACCCUAGAGCGCCUUGGGUUCAAGAAUGGAAUAGAGUAUUUUUAUUAGUAUGCGCCACGGGGCUAUUUGUGGAUCCUCUUUUUUUCUACGCCCUUUCUAUAAGCGAGACUUGCAUGUGCCUUUUUAUCGACGGUUGGUUCGCGGUAACGGUCACGGUUCUUCGAUGCAUGACCGAUGCGAUGCAUUUAUGGAACAUGUGGAUACAAUUCAAGAUGCAUAAAUUACGUCCUUACGAUGGAAAAAUGGAUGAAAAUCGAAUUAGUAGUAGUAGUCGAGGUUCUCGACUACAUCAAGACCAGAGUUUUCGAUGUUUUGUGGCCUUACGAUACUUGAAAUCCAAGAAGGGUUUCUUUUUCGAUCUCUUUGUCAUCCUUCCUUUACCUCAGAUAGUAAUGUGGGUAGGGAUUCCAGGUUUACUGGAGAAAGGAUAUACAACAACAGUGAUGACAGUGUUAUUAAUAAUGUUUCUGUUUCAAUAUCUGCCCAAAAUUUAUCACUCAGUUUGCCUACUAAGACGCAUGCAGAAUCUCUCUGGAUACAUUUUUGGUACUGUUUGGUGGGGAAUUGCUCUUAACUUGAUUGCUUAUUUUGUUGCCUCUCACGCAGUGGGAGCAUGUUGGUACUUGCUAGGAAUCCAAAGGGCAGCAAAAUGUUUGAAACAACAGUGCAGAGUUACAAAUGGUUGUAGCCUAAGAAUGUUGGCAUGUGAAGAGCAAAUAUUUUAUGGAACAAGUAGUUUGGUGAAGCAUAAAAGUAGAGUCAUAUGGGGUGAGACCAAAAUUCCAAGAUCAACAUGUCUAGCCUCUGAACACAAUUUUGAUUAUGGAGUUUAUAAAUGGACUGUUCAACUUGUCACAAAUGAGAAUCGUUUCGAGAAAAUAUUAUUUCCCAUCUUCUGGGGUCUUAUGACUCUCAGUACAUUUGGCAAUUUAGAGAGCACAACAGAUUGGUUGGAAGAUGUAUUCAUAAUCAUUGUUCUCACUACUGGUCUUCUUCUUGUCACUAUGUUGAUUGGUAAUAUCAAGGUAUUCUUGCAUGCAACAACAUCAAAGAAACAAGCAAUGCAACUAAAAAUGAGAAAUGUAGAAUGGUGGAUGAGGAGAAGAAGGUUGCCUCAAGGAUUCAAGCAAAGGGUCAGAAAUUAUGAAAGGCAUAGAUUUGCAGCAACAAGAGGAGUUGAUGAAUAUGAGAUGAUAAGCAACCUUCCUGAGGGACUUAGAAGAGACAUCAAAUAUCAUCUUUGUUUGGACUUGGUUAGACAGGUUCCUUUGUUUCAACAUAUGGAUAAUUUGGUCCUGGAGAACAUAUGCGAUCGCGUCAAGUCCUUGAUUUUCACAAAGGGGGAAACCAUAACAAGAGAAGGUGAUCCAGUUCAAAGAAUGUUGUUCAUAGUGAGAGGCCAUCUCCAAAGCAGUCAAGAACUUCGAGAUGGUGUCAAAAGUUGUUGCAUGUUAGGCCCUGGAAACUUCAGCGGCGACGAACUUCUCUCAUGGUGCCUCCGGAAACCCUUUGUGGAGCGUCUACCGCCUUCCUCCUCAUCGCUAGUGACUCUCGAGACCACAGAAGCGUUUGGCCUCGAAGCAGACGAUGUCAAGUAUGUCACUCAACAUUUUCGCUACACAUUUGUGAAUGAGAAAGUGAAGAGAAGCGCCAGAUAUUAUUCUCCAGGAUGGCGAACUUGGGCUGCCGUUGCUAUUCAGUUGGCCUGGAGGAGAUAUAGACACCGGUUGACACUCACAUCGUUGUCGUUCAUUCGACCAAGAAGACCGUUGUCUCGAUCUUCGUCGUUGACAGAAGACAGACUCAGGCUUUAUACAGCUUUGCUCACUUCACCAAAGCCUAAUCAGGAUGAUUUUGAUUUUUAAGAAAAGCAACAAACAAA